AUGCGUCCCCUCACAGACACGGAGACCCAAACACUCUUCACCAAACUGGCGAACUACACCGGCCGCUCGCUCACCCAACUGAUUGCACCCUCCGACUCCUCCUCCAAAGACGACAGGCAUGUCUUCCGCCUGCACGAAUCGCGUGUCUACUACGUACGUCUCUCUCUCGCGAACCUUGCCACCUCAAUUGCCCGUGACAACCUCCUCUCGCUCGGCACGUGUAUCGGCAAGUUUACGAAGACGGGCAAGUUUCGACUGCACAUCACCGCAUUAGACGUGAUCGCCCCGCACGCACGAUACAAGCUCUGGAUCAGGCCGAAUGGAGAAAUGCCCUUCCUGUACGGCGGCCACGUCCUCAAGGCCCAUGUCGGACGAUGGAGCGAAGACUGCCCUGAACAUUCGGGUGUCGUGGUUUUCGCCAUGGACGACACGCCCCUCGGUUUUGGGGUGACUGCUAAAAGUACGGCCGAGGCGAGGAAGUUGGACCCGACAAAUAUUGUCGCCUUCAGACAGGGGGAUGUGGGCGAGUAUUUAAGGGAGGAGGAUACGUUGUUCACGACUUGA